AUGGAGAAUCUUUCGAGCACAGAGAAGUCCGGCGAAAUGGUAUGGAACUCAGAUCAUGACCAAGGUUUCAAGUCCUACACAUGCAGCUUUUGCAAAAGAGGCUUCUCAAAUGCACAAGCAUUAGGAGGCCACAUGAACAUCCAUAGGAAAGACAGGGCCAAGCUCAAAGAAUCUUUAGACGAAACCCUGCUUUCUGGGGACAUCGCGAAAAACAAUCCUUCUGAUCAUCCUCAGGCUUCUACUGAUGAAAACUUGUCCCAACUGAAGUCUAGUACUGAUCAUCAAGAGAAAGAUUCUUCCCCUAAAAGGCCAUGGGUUUUCGCUAUAGAAGAUGAUGCCUCUUCUAGGGUCAAAGAUAUUGGUACUACAGGGGGAUCGCGGAAACUGCCAUUUUUUGUUGAGAAGCCAUUGACAGGCCAUGAUGAUCUAAAGGCCAGCAGUACUGAUGCUAGUGGACAUGUACAUAAGGCCAUGCAGUCGAGUGAUGGUUCUUCGCGGCCAGAAUUGGAUCUUGAGCUUCGGUUAGGGCCUGAACCUCAUGAGAAUUCAACAGUGAGUACCAAAGAGUUCUUUUGA